CUCGAUGAACAAUCUCGUAGUCGGUGGCGAAUUUCAUGGAGUGCGAUUGCACUGUGACAUUUCAGCGCAGUGCUGGGGAAUUGAGGAGCGAGCGAUCGAUCGAUGGAUUGGAUUAUUGAUUGAUUGAUUGAUUGAUGGAUGGAUGGAUGGAUGGAUAGAUGGAUAAGGAAUGGAUGCUUUAUGGAAGACUGCCGUGAACGAUCGAGUGAUUGAUUGCUGGAUGUGGUGUCGCAGUGCGAAGAAUUGGGUUGGAUUUUUGCCAGACCAAUUCGCGACAUGGGCCGUGGUUUGGUGAUGUGAGCUUCUUGCGGGGUCGACGGAUGGGCAAUGAUUGAUUGCACUUUCGCUCGCUGCGUUUUCUCGCACCGAGGCCGCAAUCCAAUCCUUCACAGUGCUCGAUCUUCGGGCUUUGGGCGGGUCGGUGGCGGCACCUGCUUGGCCUUUCCCCAGGCCAGAAAGCCCGGAGCGAAUGGAAUUCCACCGCCAUCGCUGGUCGGAGCAGCGAUGGCGAGCAGCGGGCCAAAACCUCGUCCGAAUCGCGGGUUUUAGGGUUUAGAACGGCCUCCUCGAGAGCGGAUCUCGGCGCGAUGGAAGGAAUCGUCUGCACGACUCACGAUUUGGAAAGCGAUCCCGUUCUCGUGCUCGUGCUCGUGCCAUCGCCCUUGCGUCCUGUGGCGGGCCUGCACUUAUCGUCGGGCAAGCUUGUGCUCACCAGCCCGCUCGCUUCACGCCGACGACUGAUGGAUGGAUCGUGGGAUUGAUGUCAAUCAAGCCUGUCAAUUGUGGCGAGAUCGCAUCGCCCGAGCCAACAUUUGGUCGGUAGAUGAGCCCACCCUUCCUCCCCGCACAGUCGUCGCCUCGUGAGGAUGCACUCGAUUGACUUUGUGGAGAUCACAUCGAGGCCCUUUCCCGACGUGAAUCGAGUCGUGGGAAGCAUGCUGACAGACGAUUUCCAUUUCUUUACCCUUUUCUUCAAUCCAAGAGCUCGCUGUGACGAAGGUCGCCGGUCGAUUCACUAUAAAUUAUUUGAUUGGAUUGAUUCCUGUAGACAGAUGGGAUUUUUGGGAGAUAUCCCAGGAGCUCGAUGUCCAAUUCGAGGGCGAUUGGGCUCUGUGUGAUUGAAAUUGGGCGAAGGUCGUGCAUUCAUUCCCAGGGAGCAGGGAAAGCUCGAGGAGACACGCAGUGAAGUGGGAGGAAUAUUGCUGUGGCAUGUUCUCGUCUGCAAUCGCCAAUUCGGAACGUGGGGAGAGAGAAUGGCGACAGAUUUCUCGAAGCGAGGACGCAUGUCAGCAACGCUUCUGUUGCAGUCGGUCAAAGUGAGCGACUAUGGCGGUGAUCAGUGAUGGUGGCCAUGUUCCUUUCCCAGCACAGAAACAGCAUCACGAGAAUACCUUCCCGAACGUGGAGUCGUUGUGCAUACAUCGAGUGAGUGGCAUUCAACAGAGAGAUGUGCUGUAGUUGUCCACGUAGAAAACCACAACAGGACAGUACUGACCUCACCUCAAAUUGCAUUGGACCACAUUUCAUGGAGGGCUUACUUCCAGAAAGAUCCCAUCGAUCUCUUUUGUGCAGUGCACUUCUCACAGCUCUUACUCUCCCAGACCUUCUGUAACACAGAAGACACCGAUGGAGCUGUAGGGGAAAUGUAGAGCUAGCAAAACCAGCUCCAAGCUGAGCAUCCAAACUUCCUUCGUCACUUACUUUCUCCUUGCCCUGCAGCAAUUCGCAAUUUGCGUCGAUGCUCCCAUGGCCCGAGUGGACUGAGAUGGUGAGUGAGUGGGUGGGGUGGGUGGUGCCUCGUGACCCACCUUCCCUGUGUCCAUUACUCUGAUCUCAAACCCUUUUAUUCUCCUUCACAGAUCUUCGGUUUCUGUCUCACGAGGGAGAGCCUCAGGACAGUGAGGAGGGAGAAUUGAAGAAAUCGGUAACAGACGCCUCGUAGUGAGACGGCAAUGUCAGAGUUUUUCUGUACAUCAAAUACCAGCCAUAGCUGUAGGUACUGAUCGAUUAUCCGAGAAGAAGAGCCCGGAAAUGAACCAUCUCCCGCUGUCAACAGCUGGAGAGACGGACACAAUGGAUUACGUGCGCCGGUUUGAUGGUGGAGAUGAGGCACGAGAGGUGGAUGAUGUUAUUGUAAGGCGUGCUUAUCUUUCUCAAGUGUUCAGCAUUGAGAUCGAAAUCUGAGACAGUGAAGUUUUCAAUCUGAUGAUGAAGCUCAGAGACCAGAUAAGAGCAGCAGCAAUCAAUACUCGUAUGAUGACCGAUGAUCGAACCUCUGCAUGGGAGCAUUCGUGUUUCGCAUGACGCAUCAUUUCCCCCAGGGUACGAGUCCCUGAUUAUUGUCUGUGCUAGGGUGGACGGAAUUCUUGCCGUCCAUGAUUGCUCAUCUUCUGACAACUGUCGGCGUUGGAACUUGUGAGAAUGUUAAAGUCACCGACAUGGCCAUGGACUGCUGUGUUUUGGUACUACGGUUAACCUCACUGAGGUCCACGGAACCUCAAUUUGGUGGUUCAAAAAUUUGGACCAUGCUCAAUUGAGUGCUCGUUGAGUCCAAAUCAAGUCUUCUCUGAAGAUUCUGUAAUUAGAAUUAAUUGAAUCAUUCCAAAGGUGUCG